AUCAGUGCAAAAAGCAGAAAGUGAAAGCAACCCCCGCUCAGUGCGUUUGUUAAGUUUUUAUUUCUCAAGUUUGCAGUGUCAGCAUCAAGCUAAAAACGAUAACUGUUGAAAUCACAUAAGACAAAUGGUUGAAGGAAAAUAAAUAUAUAAUUUUUAAUAAAAACCAAUAGAUAGAGUCGAAGUCAUGUCAUGGGAGAGUAUCGCCUCGAAGGACCUGCUUAGCAUACCCCAAAGUCAUAAUUUAUCAGCCACACAUUUAUUAGCUUCGCCUGAUGGAUCUAGAUACAUGCUUGAAAACUCUAACGAUUUAUGCUUCUCGAGAAUCGCCGGAUAUGGCUCAAUGCCUGAUGCAGAUGAUGGAUCACGUUCGUUGUGGGUUAGAACCGGACUACUUAGUCAUUCCUCGCAGACUAAUACAGUAAUUAGCUGCUUUUGGGCUUGCCAACGAAGUUUGCGUCAAUAUAUAUCCAGGAGAAAGAUUGAACGUGGAUUACGCUUGUACGAGCAACAUAAUCAAACGGCAGCUGUUCGCACUUGGAAGAGUGCUUUGAAAACAACCUGCCGUGGAGAGGAUUGUUUUCGGUUGUUAGGCUACUUAUAUCAGGCACACAUGGAUUGGGGAAAAUAUCGAGAUGCGAUUGAGUUUGGGCAUCAGCAAUUAGGUAUUUCUGAGGAACUAGAUUCUCCGAAUAUGCGAGCAGAAACAUACUUGAACUUAUGUCGAGCGCACGCCAGUCUUGGUGGGCUCGAACGAGCUUUAGCAUAUGCCCGUCACUCGCUGUACAAUGAGUCAGGAACCAAGUCCCGGAGUGGUCUUGUCCACUUAACAGUAGCAAGAGUGUAUUUGGAAAUGGGCGGCUUUUCGAGAGCAUUAGAAGGUCUACAAGGAGCCCAUAAAAUAGCCACUACAAUUGGGGACCCCUCCUUGGAGCUCCAGGUUUAUGUGGCCCUAUCCGAACUCUUUGGCCGCCUUCAAGACAGUGAUAAAAGUGCCACAUAUGCGUCAAAAGCUUACGACCUAUCUCGAUCUCUUCAACUUGGUGAUCUUAACUCAUGUCAUCAUCGUGCAGCACUCCUACGAAUGGCUGCUUCCUUGCGUAGACAAGGCGAACUUGGAGAUGCUCAUGACUAUUGCUUGGAAGCUACACGACUCUCUUUGAUAUCCGGUGAUCAGGCUACCUAUACUCGGUCCAUUCGCAUCAUGGGCGAUAUAUACCGCAAAAAGAUGGAUAUCGAUAGGGCUUUCCGUCAGUAUGAACAGGCAAUGGGGACCUCGGCAACGUUGGGUGAUCGCAUGGCUCAGAUGGAAGCAAUGGAUGGUGCUGCCCGCUGCUUAGAAAAUUUACGUCUUCAGGGCAAAAUUUGCAAUUGCAGGCCAUUAGAGUUUAAUACUAGACUACUGGAAGUGGCUAGCUCCAUUGGAGCCAAACUGCUUGUUCGAAAAAUUCGAAGUCGCUUGGCUUUAAUAUAUCGUGCAUUAGGCGAUGAAGACCAAUGUAACACCCAUCUCCGUCUAGCUAGUCAAACUGAUGCUGCUCUGGGCCUUAACUGUGGCGCCUGUGGAGAAGUUUUUGGGUUGCAACCGGCUAGCUUAGAAGCACUACCAUGUUCGCAUAUACUUCAUGCUAGAUGUGCUCAUGAAAUUAUGCGCCGUCGUGAUAAGGGUGCACCUACCCGAUCAUGUCCAGCGUGCAAUAAGUUGUUAAAUUCCCGAAUGAAUAUUUCCACCAAGGACAACGCUGAGCUUGGAUUCGCAAAUUUUGUGGGUGUUGAAGACGGUGAACAUGUUGAAUUUAUUGGAUUAAGCACUGAAACUUUUUUGCCAAAUGCCCCAACUUUAGUUCAUACAAUCAACGAUUCAGCGCUGCUACUGACAUCCAAUGAAUCUCCAAAAGCUGUAUAUAGAAGCAACUUGUCGUUGGCUUCACUAAGCAUGCGUGCCUCUAGUAUGACUAUUGACAGUGUCCAAAAUGCAACAUCCUCAGUUUGAGUUAAAAUUCAAAGUCUGUACUCAAAUAACAAUAUUGUUAACAUUAUUAAUCAAUUACAUGAAUUGAUUAUCCCUAUCAAUUAUAAAAGUGUAAAAAAUGUAAAGAAGCGUAUAAAAUGAGA